AUGGGCUUUAUGCUGGCCAGGGCGUUUUUCUGGCUGGUGUCGCUGCUCCUGGCAUCUCUGAUCUGGUUCGUUUCGGUUCAUCUCAGCGACCGGGAGGACGCCAAGCUGCAGUACGGCCUCCUCGUCUUUGGGGCCGCCGUCUCCGUCCUGCUGCAGGAGGCUUUCAGAUUUGCCUACUUCAAGCUGCUGAAGAAAGCGGAUGAAGGCCUGGCGACGAUCAGCGAGGACGGCCAGUCCCCCAUCUCCCUCAGGCAGAUGGCUUACGUCUCGGGCCUGUCCUUUGGCAUCAUCAGCGGCGUGUUUUCCGUCAUUAACAUCCUGGCAGACUCCAUCGGGCCAGGCAUCGUCGGGAUCCACGGGGACUCGCCAUACUACUUCAUCACAUCUGCGUUCCUCACCAUGGCCCUCGUCUUGCUCCACACCUUCUGGGGAGUCAUCUUCUUCGACGCCUGUGAAAAACGCCGGUACUGGUGCCUGGGGCUGGUGGUUGCCAGUCACCUCCUCACCUCGGGGCUGACGUUUCUGAACCCCUGGUAUGAGGCCAGCCUGGUCCCCAUCUUCAUCAUCACCCUCUGCACGGGCCUCUGGGCCUUCUUCACCGCCGGGGGCUCCUUCCGCAACAUCCUCAAGUGCCUCUCCUGUAAGGGGGUGACUGGGCAGGGAGGGGCACGCCACGGGGGCCUUUCUGGCUUUGGGGGGAGCACCCGGGUGUCCUGGUUUCUUGGGGCUGAUGGGAUCCAGCCCUGA